AUGAUGAGUACCCUUCUAUGUCGCUGUUUGUCCAAAAGAUGGGGUGUUUGUCGUUGCGAAGUGGCUCUGGUCUGCCAGGGAUGCGACAGCUUCGGCUCACAGGGAUCCGGUCUUGUGCGUUUUGUGGAUGGCUCGCGCCCAGUGAUGGGGCACGUUCACAAGGUCACCGGGGAGGAUGUGAUGAGCGAGGAUGAGUUCGCUGCAUGGUGGAGUGAGCACCACCUGCAUGGUGAGGCAUUCGUUGAUGUGCUCAGGCGCCAUUUGGCCACAAAGCUGCAGUUGAAGAAUUUCAGGCAGCUGGCGCUGGUCUCGGUGAUGAGAUUCUUUCAGCAGACAGCCCAUGGAUCAAUGCAGAGCUAA